GCCAGCCUAAAAAAAUUACCCCAAAAAAUCCCUACCUACCAACCUUUUUUACUGGGCUGAAACAGGAAUCAGAACAUUUUCCCCUAGGCCUUUUACAAAACAUUGGAGGACAGCUAGUGAAUGUAUCGUUAUGUGUCUCUUCAGUUCCUUGUCUCAAGUGAUAUUGUAUUGAUGUAAUUCAUGAAAAGGCCCACAAGACAACUAGCUUGCAAAAAUGUCAAACUAAUCCAAAAAAGGCAAAUCAGUAUUAAAAUGUACAUUUCAUUCCAUUUGCAGUAUUAGUGUGAUGUUUGUGGUGACAUGAGCAAGACGUGCAGUCAUGUCGUGAUUGAACACCCGCAAGAAGACAAUGGAUACGGAAAUGACGACAUGCAACAGAUGAAGGCAAACUUGGCGGCUGAAAAUCUGGUGGUGCGGGAUUUUAUCACCGCAGAUGGCAAUUGCCAGUUUUCAGCUGUCAGUGACCAAGUGAGCCGACUGAAAAGGGGCUACAUGACAGCCAACUGCCUAAGAGAGAUAGUAGUCAGCUAUCUGAAAAACAUCCCUGUGCCAGAGCCUAGUUCGGAACAUACUGUGGCAAACUUUGUCCAGGGAGACUUUGACGCAUACCUGGACAGGAUGGCAGUUAAUGGGGAAUGGGGUGAUCAUGUCACUCUACAGGCCAUGGCAAACCUACUCAACCUGCCAAUACAUGUGGUGUCAAGCAGCUAUGCGAGCAGACACCAGUAUCUUUACAAGAUAUACCCAUAGAGGAUGCCUGAGGAAGAUUACCCUGAGGGACAUGCCACCGAUGAUGUCAUCCUCCUAGGGUACCUGGGGAGAUCACAUUAUAUCAGCCUGGAGAUUUGUGAAGAGGUAAAGCCAUACAGCAUGUAAUUAUAACAUAUACUGUAGUAAGCUGAUGCAAUAUCAAAAACAUACCUCAGACUUUGCAUGAUCCAAAGCCUACUUCACUUUUCCCCACCUUCUAAGCUAUCGUAUGUGUUUAACACUUGCACAGCCACAAGAGAUGGAUUCAGCAUGUUUAUCAUGUACUAUGAUAUCGAUGUUGGUGUAUUGUGGAUUUUUACUAUCUGCAUUGUGUGUUAUCACCUAUGAAGUAUAAAACGGAUAACGGCAAUGGUUUCUGAACAGAUUUUAGUGUCAUCAAUACUUCCCAAGUUCUGUGUGGUGCAGGUAAAAUUUGUCAGGUGCAGGUAAUUUCCAAUGUUAUCUGCACCUGUGCAGGUAUGCAGAAAAACUAUUUCAAACCCUGAUCUAUCUUCAUCCGAACAAUAAAUACAAUGUAUAUUACAGGCUGGAGUGUUAAGAUUACCUCACAUAUUAAGGCCUUGAUCAAUCACACAGGAGGAAGAUGGACCAGUGUCUUCACCAUGGACAGUCAGCACUGCAGGCAAGGGUUCGAAAUCCAGGAAGCGGAAGCAGAACAUGCUUUGGGACCUGUCCUCAGCUGGGGUAUGUAUAAUAAAGAGUAUCAUGAGCAACUUAUCUUUCAUUUCUCCAAGCUGUAUGCCAUGGAAGAACUUUGCACUACUUUUCUAUUCAGGUUAGCCGUACAGCC